AGGAAAAUUCAGAGCUCAAAUAACUGGGUCUGCAUUCACAACAACUUCUCAGAGAUUGGUUAAAAAUGGAAAGACAAAAAGAAAUCAUCAGAAAUAUGACAACUAUCCUGAAAGUCCAAAGUCUUCUGUUGAAACAAUGCCUUGCUGAAUGUUUAGGAACUUUGAUUCACACGAUGCUUAGCUGUGGAGGAGUUGCACAAUUUACUCUCAGUUAUGGCACACACAAAGAAUUCUUGACUGUUACAAUUGCUGGUGGAUUUGCAGUAGCUCUGGGUAUAUUGGUAACUAGUAAAGUCUCAGGAGCUCAUCUGAAUCCUGCAGUGACCUUUGCUUUGUGCUUGCUUGCUUGUGAACCUUGGUUAAAAUUUCCUUUAUUCUUUUUGGCACAAACGUUAGGUGCCUUUCUUGGAUCAGGAAUAAUGUUUGGUUUGUACUAUGAUACAUUGUGGCAUUAUGGCAAUAAACAGCUAACAGUAAUUGGAGCAAAUUCUACUGCUGGAAUAUUUACAACUUAUCCACAUGAACAUUUGAGCGCAGUCAAUGGCAUUUUUAAUCAGGCAAUUGGGACUGCAGCACUUAUACUUUGUAUCCUUAUCAUUGUGGAUCCAUUGAAUGAUGCUAUUCCAACAGGACUAGAAGCUUUUACAAUUGGCUUUGUGGUUUUGCUAAUUGGCUGGUCAAUGGGUUCCAAUUCUCAGUACUCAUUAAAUCCUGCCAGAGAUAUUGGACCUCGCCUGUUUACUGCAAUUGCUGGUUGGGGAACUGAAGCUUUCACUGCUGGCAAUUAUUGGUUUUGGAUCCCAGUUGCCAGUCCAAUCAUUGGUGCUAUAUUUGGUGUUCUCCUGUACAAGUUCAUUGUUGGAUUGCGUGCUGAAGCAAGAACCAGCUGCCCAUCCAAUGCAGAACAAAAUAUAAAGUUAAUGAACCAAAAACCAAAGAGGAGGCUCUGAUGAUUUGAAAACAACUGGAUUAAAAUUCUCUAAAGAAUUUCUAUUUUAAAUGACCAUCAGUAUGUUCACCACCUCAUUCUACUAAUCCAACACAAUUUAAUCCCUUUGAAAAUAGCAUUACUUCUCACAUUUUGAAAUACUUUCUAUCAUUUUAUUAUCUGUGAAAUCAAUUUUUCAUUAAUUUCUAAUGCCAGAUGAUACAUAAAAACGAUGUAAGCUGAUGUGUAUUUUCAUGAUUUUUAAUGUUUCCCAAACUUGUAGAACAAUUGUAAUCCUAUUUGUAUGUUUAGUAUUGAAUUAAAUAAACUUGACU